CUUGAAAAAUAUUGAAUUCUUUUUUUAUUACAGUUUUAACGAAUCUAGUGUAAGCAACGUAUGUACAUAUAUGUAUAUAUAAUAAGUCAUUUAAAAAAAAAAAACCCACAAAAAAAAUGCCAAAUAUUUUAGUUUUUAUUGCAAUAUUAACACUACAAUUGCAUAAUGUUGUUUGUCAAAGGAGAAUAAUUGGUGGAGAGGAUAUUGAUAUAUCUUUGGUACCAUAUAUGCUCUCUUACAUGUUGAACGGCAGACACGUUUGCGGAGCUUCUGUGAUUAGUAAAGAAUGGGGAAUUACAGCAGCACAUUGUGCAACAGCAUAUCGACGGGAUCCCUUGAAAGAAGUGACAAUUCGAAGUGGAAGCUCAUUAGUUGAUGAGGGUGGAGUGAUUCAUAAGAUUACAAAAAUUAUAUGGCAUGAAAAAUAUGAAACUAUUGAUAAUCAUGAUGAUAUAGCGGUAUUUAAAGUGAGACCACUUUUUACAUUUAGUGCAGUGACUCAACCUGUGAAUUUACCCGUAAAAGGAGUUUCUUUUCAACAAGAAUGGGGAGUUGUUACAGGAUGGGGUUAUUUUAUGGCGGAUAAUCCUGUGGUGGCUAGACAAUUACAAUAUUUAAGGAUACCAAAAGUGAGUAUGGAGGAAUGCCUUGAAGAUUACAAAGGACUCUUCAAAGUUCAUCCAGGUGAUGUCUGUUAUGGUUUCAGGCAAGGUGGAAAAGACAGUUGCCGGGGCGACUCAGGUGGUCCAUUAGUAAACGAUGACAAAAUACUCAUUGGAAUAACGUCUUGGGGUAGAGGAUGCGCUGAAAGAUUUUCACCAGGUCUCUAUAUCGAAACAUUGUUUUAUCGUAGCUGGAUUAAAUUGCACACUGGAGUAUAAUUAUUAUACAUUUGUAAAUAAACUGUAUUAUAUUACA